AUGAAAACAGUGAGCAAGAAAACGACGCCGUGUUGCACGAAGCUGGGGAUGAAGAGAGGACCAUGGACGGUGGAGGAAGACGAGAUUCUUGUGAGCUUCAUAAAGAAAGAAGGAGAAGGAAGGUGGAGAUCGCUUCCUAAGAGAGCUGGUUUACUCCGGUGUGGAAAGAGCUGCCGUCUACGGUGGAUGAACUAUCUCCGGCCGUCUGUAAAACGCGGCGGUAUCACUUCCGACGAGGAAGAUCUCAUCCUCCGCCUUCACCGCCUCCUCGGCAACCGGUGGUCGUUGAUCGCGGGAAGGAUCCCGGGAAGGACUGAUAAUGAGAUCAAGAACUAUUGGAACACUCAUCUUCGUAAGAAACUUUUAAGACAAGGCAUUGAUCCUCAAACUCACAAGCCUCUUGAUGCAAACGACAUCCAUAAACAAGAAGAAGAAGUUUCCGGUGAUGGAAAAACUCUCAAGCCUCAUUCUAGUGAUCAUACCGAUACCACCAUUAGUAGCGGAGAUGGAGCUAGCAAGGUCAGUAUCAGUGCCUUUGGUGAUGAAGAAAACAACGAAGACUUUGGUUUUUGCUACGACGACAAGUUCUCGUCGUUUCUGAAUUCGCUUAUCAAUGAUGAUCCUUUUGAUAGUAAUGUUCCAAUAUCACAGCCGUUGCAGAAGCACAAUUGUAUGGAUGAGAUUGUUGGAACGUCGUCGAGCUUAGGACAUGAGAAAAGAUCAGAAGAUAUAUAA